UUUGGCACGGUACAAUACAAUUUUGUAUGGAUUCUGGAUUUUUCUCUCGAAGUCUUUUCAUGCCAAAAUCAGACCCAAGGAGAAUGUUUUCGUUCGAGUGAUAAAGCUGUUAAUAUAAUAUCAGCAUUGAAUAGAAUGGUGCAUUAAUCUGUAUAUUAUUUUAGGAAAAUCCCAGUGCUUUUUAUCCUGUUCUCAGUGUUCUGUUAUUAAGACGAGUACUGAUACCAGCGUAUGUAAUGGGCACCUGAAACUGCGGAUUUCUCAGCGCUGUUCAGCCUCGUUCUGCGCAGGAGACUGGCCCUGGCUGGCGUUUGGGGGCGCAGAACAGCAUGGCCUAUCCCGACUUCAAGUGUUCGAUUGAGGACAACCACGGCAUUCUGGUGGCGGUGCAGCUGCUGCAGUCACCGUUUCCCUCGCACAGUGCGUCGCCAGCGCCGCCCCCCUCGGAAGCCGUCAAGGCCUUGGUUCAGUCCGUCACCCGCUUCCGCCAUCUCUCCCUGGAGAAUACGCCCCGCGACGUGCACUUCCGCUACCACGUGCGUCACUCGCCCGUUAAGCCAGAUCGCAGUGAUUUCCAGAUUCACCGACAGGUGUUCGGCCUGGUCUGUCUGGCCGUCGCCGAUGGGACAGCGCCCGACCCCGAGACCGAAAAGCGCGAUCUCCUCAACCAAUGCAACGCCUUCCUGGCGCACUACGGCGACAAGGUGGUUGAGUACCGAUGUUUCGUCUUCAAAACGCUGGCCAAGAGUAGCCCUGUGCGCGGAGAAAACGGUAGCACAGCUGUGGACGGAGCGUGUCUGUCUAAAAACCCCAAAGGCCGUUUGUCGCCCGAGGGCAACGGUAUCUUGAAUGGCGGUUUGUCCGAUUCGCUGCGGCCGGUGCAAAAGAGCUUUUCGGCCAACAACAUGGCGGGAUUCCCGCUAAAUCCCGGGGGGAAACAGAACAAAACGUACAUUGAGCUGCCUCUGGACGGCAAGGCCCAGAGCGCCGUGGAGAGCGUCAUGGAAGAGUUCCUGCUGCUGCUUUUCUCCGGCAUUGAGGCGCGCCGGCCGACAUCAGCUCCAGACAAAGUCGACAAGGACUGGCGCGGCUCUAAUCCCUCGUUGGACAAGCUGGACACGCCCAAGAAGGACACUUUUCGACUUGAUCUCGGCAGUUCGCAAAAGAAGCGCCAAUUGGGCUGGAAGCGAAAAUGUUUCGCUGAGUGGCUACUGUUGGCUGGCCUUCCCUACCACGCCCUGCAGAACUUUGCCCAAGCCGUGGAAAUGCUGCAGUCCGCCAAAGAGACCGUGCACCUGGCGGCCGCCCUGGAGGGCUGGGCCGCCGCCUCCUGGUACGUACUGCCUUCCUCCGACCCGACGCUGGCCCUGCGCGUGGCCGCUCUCGACCGGUCGGAUACGCGCAUCGUCCUGACCAGGACGCGCGCGGCUAGUCUCAACGGCUACCUCGUCAACGCCUUCAACUUUAACCUGGCUGACUUGCCAAAGGAUCGUAAAUUGUGCCUGAACGCCGAGGGCAUCUAUGACAAACUGAAAGCUGCAGCGCACAGUUACGCUGUCGGUGAAAUGGGCACCUACGAAAUGGAGGUCAGCCUGAAGUUGGCCCGUCUCUUUACCUUUCUGGGCGAAAAGAUCAAGGCCCACAAGGGUCUGCGACAGGCCAUCUUUGUCAAACUGGAAGCCGGAGUCAACGAAUCGGUGGAGCGGAUUGAGCGUUUCAUGACCGUCGGUGAUUUGUACGAGCAGUUGGGCUUUCAGCGGCAGGCGUCGCUCUUCCGUUUAUUGGCGGCCGACCGUUACCUGGGCUCUUCUGGCAAUGGUAUCUGGCAGGCGUUCCACUUAAGCGUCAAAUCCUUAUCCGCCUACAAUCUGACCUUCUCAACGCGGCCGGUGACAGGGUUCGGCUGGCCCGAACUGCAAGCGCAAGUCUUUCAGAAGCUGGCCAUUACGUGCCGUUCGCAGCCGGAAGUGUAUAAACGUAUCUUGUUGGUCAUCCUGGAGAAUUUUUGUGAUGUAUUGUCGGUGGGGGAGAAAGACGAGAUACUGAAGAAUUUGAUGGAAGUUAUCGAGCAUUUCGGGCCGCCGGUUGGCGAUGUGCCGCUGGGAGAGGCCGGGAUGAUGCUUGGCGUGGCGAGUUUGACAAAGCUGCCCUUCGUACAGGAGUUUGUGAUUAAUCCGCUGCCGCGGCAUCUGCAGCCAAUGCAGCGUACCAAAUAUGAGCGCUCUAUGAGUGGUCUGCCGGUGGACUGGAUUUACCGGGCGCCCAGGGCAUCAUCGAGGAACAGUACCGUUAGUUCGGAGGAUGCGGGCUUUCUGUGGGUUGUCGAUGAGCCUGGCACGAUUUCGCUGCAGCUCACCAACCGUCUGCCGAAAGAGCUGCGCAUACAAGAUUUGCAAAUCCUCUCGGAAAACGCCGGCUACCAAUCCACAGCGGCAUCGUUGAUCCUGCCGUCCAUGUCGCUACGCCCUUUCCCGGUGGUCAUUGCCGGCAUCCCGCGGGAGCCGGGUGUGCUCAGCAUCUUGGGCUACUCCUUUAGUCUCUUUGGCAUGCGCACCAGCUGCUCCAUCAGUGACCUGUCGCAGUUCCACAAAAACAAACCACCCAAGUUCGUGCGGGUGGCACCGGCAUUGCCACAGAUUGUGGUAGAGACGUCCUUUCCGCCCUACGAUAGCUUCGUCGAUGUGAAAGAAGAACCCGUGGUGGCGACGGCCAGCGCCUUGCUCUACAACGGUCAACGGUCAACCUGCAAGAUAAAAGUGCGGAAUGUGGGUAAGGUCCCGGUGGAGCGGUUGGUGGUGGAUCUGAUUCCGCUGGAGCGGAUCAGUGACGUGGUGCUAGAGCGGUGCGUGUCUUUCGACGAAGCAGAGAUUGCCGCCCUGCUGCCCUUGGCGCCGGACGCCAGCGCGGAGUUCUCGUUGCACAUUUGGGCGGCGUUGAGUUUCGUGGGGGAUAGUAGCACCACCGCGGGGACCGGUAGCAUCCCCUUCUUCGUUAAGCUGGAGUAUAGCGGUGGCGCUGGUGCGACGGAGGACUACUACCGCGCCCUGGCCAUCGCCUUCUUCGUAGAUGUGAUCGCAUCUGUGAGUAUUAGCCAGUGGACGACGCUGGCCGCCGACGAACCCGAGCAGUUCUUCCUUGUGCUGGACUUUCACAACCUCACUGACGAGGAGCUGGAAAUUAUUUAUCCGCCCAAUAAGAAAAUGCUCAUUGUCGGCAGGGAUCAGGCACGCAUCCCUGCUUUGGCUAGCAAGAUUCCGCUGGUGGACAUUGGACAGAAAGACGCCUCGCAGUUGUGCCAGAAAUAUUUAGCCGAUAACGUGGCGUUAUCGUGGAAGUUUGUGGAACGGGAAGGUGUGCGGGGUGACUGUUGGAUUGGGGAAUUGGACUGGAGUCUGGAGAAGGUGGAGACGAUGAGUCUGCCGCCGGUGUCGAUCACAUACUGCCUACACGGAGAGGAGAUUGUCCAGCCGCGCAGUCAGGGGCUGCAGGUGGCGGUAGGGGAGGUGUUCGUCCUGGAACUCCAUUUGACCAACCGCUUCGGCAGCGCCAUCGAGGGUUUGGCGGCCGGCUUGGAGAUUCGCGAAGAACAGGAGAUGCCCAAUCCCGAAGGCGGAGUGGGGAGUGUGGCGUUAUUGGCUGGAGCGGGCGUGUGGCCGGUGAAAUUGGCGGGGCAGGAGCGGGUGGUGGUUGCGCGGGAGAUGGUGAUGCUGGUCCCGGGUGUCUUUCAUUGCGACGUCUUCUUCGUGUACGCGCAACGCCGCUUCAAGGCCGGCACCUAUUGUUUGCUGCAAGUCGGCCCGCAGCCUAACUGACGUGAUUAACUAGACUGGACGUUGACUGACAGUGACAACACGAUGUUUCUUCUGCUCAUUUCUUUUAUUUGUAAUUUAAUCUUUGAUUUGCGCAUCUUGCCCAGCGCUGCUCGUCACAAAGCAGCCUUAACAUUCAUUGUUUGAUUAGAUAAAUAUUCGGUUUGUGAUCGCGAUUAAGUACGUGAACAAAAAAUGAUUUGGUUUGUGACAUUGUGAGAGGAAAAAGAGAAUGAAUAGCCGGACUAAUCCCAGCCGAUCUUUU